UCUAAUCAUGUUUUUGGGGGAAUUAUGUAAUAUACUUGUUGAAUAUUAGUUACUUGAAUAAUUUCAUUAUAGUUGUCCAAACUGUUUCACAAAAAAAAAUUUUAAUUAUAUUUCCGUUUACAGUUGAUGAUAAUUUCUGCAUGGUGAAAAAUGUGUCACCUUAUAGAAGAAAUAAACAUUUUGUACUUUCUCCUAAUAAUUUGGCAAGAGCAGAAAAAAACAAAAAGAGAAAUAUAUCUGAAUCUCCUAGAAAAGUAUAUCCAUCUCCUGAAACUUUUCAAUCACCUCUUUCACAAGAAAUAUCUCCUACUACUGUUCAGAAGUAUUCACCAUUAAAAACAUAUGCACAAGCAUCUGCGGCGAGAUCUGCGGUAUCCAAGCAAUUAUUUAGACCAGAUAACUUAAGCCAACCGUUGACUACUUUAUUAGAAAAUAAACAAAAAACGCCUCCAAAACCUAAUAAAUUAAAAAAUUCUUCAGAAGAUCAAUUUAAGGAACUCAUUUUAUACAAUCUUUUAGUAUUGAAACACAGCAUUAGAAACAUCAAUGAAAAAUUGACAUUGGUUGUCGAAAGGCAGAUUUCACACAAUUAUAAUGUUGAAGAAUCUAAUGAUCUUACAUUAGAAUAUUCUAAUUUGGACUGCUUAUUACCAAUUGAUGAAGAAGAUACAUUAGACAAUAUAGAAGAACAGAUAAGAAAUACCAUGCAUCAUUGACUAAACAGUUAGCUGGACUUGGCGGAAAAAGUAUCAAAGUCAUGGUCAAAAGAAUCAUGGGAUAUUUGUUCACUGACAACAUCUUAGCCUUAUAUUCUUUUAAUGGCAGAGCAAAUAAAAAAAAAUGUUUUGCAAAUCUAUCAAUUUCAAAAGUUAUAUAUGUUAUGCUGUUAAAUCAAUUAAACGAUUGAAUAAUGAAUCAUCGACCGAUGAAAUUGAAAAAUACAUUAAGUAUUAUCUCAUUCAAGCACCAUUCAACAUAAAAAAGAAAAAAGAAAUGUUUCAUUGAAUAUGAAUAUCAUUUAAUUUUGUAAUUAUUAUGUACAAUAUAAUAUAGCUAGGCUAGGUUUGCCUUUUAGUUAUAUCAUAUUUCAACUAUAUAUACUAUUAUAUUAUAUUCUAAAUAAAUGUAUAGGUACAUUAUGUUUUACUAUUAUUAUAUUGUUAUAGGGCCUAACAAUAUAUGUUGA